CCGCAGCUGUUAUCGUUCGCGUUUGCCAUCAUUAUAUUUGUGUUUUGAUUUUUAAAUUUAGCUGUUUUUAAGAUUUCCUCUCAUAAAUUCCCACUUUUUGUUACUUAAAGCAUGUGCGAAAAGGUCACCGCGCGCUGCACUUGGUCCCAACUGUCGGGCAACGGGCUGGACCAACUGGUGGCCACCCGCUUGUCCGACGAAGACGUCUUUGUGAAGCCCGACUUGGACGAUGUGAUCGACGAGGAUCGCGCCGUGCUGUUUUCCAUGCAGUCGGCGGAUCCGCCGCCGCCUUGUGAGCUGCGGUUCCAGAUCCCGAACCGCUUCAAAAUCGCCGCGCUCACCCUGAUUUGCAGCGCUCCCAAGGUGGAGCUGUUCAUUGGACCCUUGCAGGAGUACUGCGAGACCAUUUACGGCACUUGCGUCGACGAGGAGGACCCAGAGGUUGUGGUGCGACCCUAUCGCUAUGACAUGGAAAUCGACCGAUCCGGGAUAAAUGACCUAAACCUGAAGAUGCUCACCUCGGCCAGCGAGAUCUGCGUUUACGGAGCCCUGCUCCAGGUGGCGCCGAAUCCCAACGGCAUAACCACCCAGAUGCCCAGGCCAAUGGAUGCGCAGCGAAUCCAGGAGCUACUGCAAAGAGGAGGCACGAGUCCCUUGAAGAAGGAGGAGCAGGCCGAAAAGUUCGAGCAGUUCAUGAGCCUGAUGAAGGGCUAUUCCCCGCGGGCGAAGGAACAAGCCCAGGAGGCAUCAUCGCCUUCCAACGAUGUCGCAAUCCUCAAGGAGCACAUCGACAUGAGAUUUGAGAAGCUGGCGCAGUUAGUGUCCAAGAGACUGGACAAUUUCGAGGCCCAGCAGACGGAAAAGUUGAACAAAAUUAUUGCCUUGCUGGAAAAGGAAAAAUAAGUUAUAUACCAUUAAUUUGCUCAUCUCUAAAAUUUCUUUCUUAGCAUUCAUCAUUGUAUUUUGUAAUUGUUGUAAAAGACUGUUGGUGCGAAUAUUUCGAUUGUGAUUAGGCAGCAUAUUUAAGUUUGGUUUUGAUA